AUGAACCUUGCUACCAAAUUCCGUUUAAAGCGGUUCGCUAAUGUGAAAGGCAUAGGAACAGACUUGGUUCAUGUGCAAAGAUUCCGGAAACUGUUAGACAAGUAUCCAACAUCGGGGAAUAAAUCGACUUUGAACAAGAUAAUUGCCAAGUUCAUGCACCCCUACGAAAUUGACAGACUAGAGGCUUUAAUUCAAACGGAGACUUCCCAAGAGCCUAUAAUUCGUUACGUCGCGGGAGUUUGGGCUACAAAAGAAGCAAUUUUCAAAAGUCUGCGCUGUAAUAGUUUUCCAGCGUCGGAGUUCCCGCCCGCUCAAUUUAUCUUUACGAAAAUAUGUUACAAGACCAAUGAAGUUGAUGGAAGGCCUAAAAUUGGAAUCGAUUGCAGCCAAUUGGGAGUAUGGAAACAAUUUUCGGAGCAUUUAAUAACGAAUUCUAAAUUUCUCGUCAGUCUAUCCCACGAUGCUGACUAUCUCAUUAGUUUCGUGUGUCAUAUUAAAGAUGAGAUAAUGGAAUGA